GAUAAUUCAUUUGCAAAAUGUCGAAAGCAGUAGCACUAAUUAUUGUAUUAUUUUUGGGACUAUUUUCUGGCCAUUGUUAUGGACAACUUCGAGUUGGAUUUUAUAAAGGAAUAAAAUGUGGGCAAAAAGAUGUUGAAGGUGUUGUACGAGAGGUUGUAAAAUCAUGGCGUUUUACAAAGGAUAAAACUAUUGCAGCUGCUCUUCUUCGUAUGCAGUUCCAUGAUUGCUUUGUUAAUGGUUGUGAUGCAUCAAUUCUAUUGGAUGGAAACAACAGCGAGAAAAAAGCAGGAGCAAAUAAAAGUGUUAGAGGAUAUGAACUCAUUGAUGCUAUAAAACAAGCUUUAGAUACAGAAUGCCAAGGUGCAGAGGUCUCUUGUGCUGACAUUAUUUCUCUGGCAACUAGAGAUGCUGUUCUCUUGAGUGGAGGAAAAUGGUACAAUGCAGAAACUGGACGAAGAGACGGGAGUGUUUCCCUUGCAUCAAAUGUCAAUCUUCCUGGUCCAUCCAUUUCAGUCUCUGAUUCCAUUAAUGUUUUUGCCAGCAAAGGGCUUAAUGCAACAGAUAUGGUCUAUCUUCUAGGUGGCCACACUGUUGGAACUGCUCAUUGCUCAAACUUCCAAGAUAGACUAUACAACUACAAGAAAACAGGUGGACCUGAUCCAACCAUGAACAAAUUGAUGUUAUCCUCAUUAAGAAUGCAGUGUCCUAAAAGUUCAAACUUUGAUAAUUCUGUUCCUCUUGAUAUGGGAACUCCAUCAGUUGUUGAUAACUCAUUUUAUCAACAAAUUAAAUGGGGAAAUGGGGUUCUUGAAAUUGAUCAGCAAAUAGCAUUAGAUCCAUUGACAAAUAAAACUGUGGAUAGUAUAGUCAAAGGGUCUGAUUUUUACACUAAGUUUGGAGAAGCUAUGGUGAAAUUAGGUAAAGUUGAAGUACUCAUUGGAACACAAGGAGAGGUUAGAAAAUCAUGUAGGGUUGUGAACAACAAGAAUCCAUUCAUUUUAUUUUAGGGAUCAAUUAGUAGAAGUAUUUUUUGGAAGGGGAACGAAAAUGAUACGCUACUGAUGGGGUCUGAACUUUCCACCUCAACAUCGAGAGACAUGGGUCUAUUGAUGAUUAAUUGUGUGUUGUUUUGUGUAUUUUGUUUUCUUGAGGGGGUGGGUCAAGAGGAGACUCUUUCUUUAAUGAUUCUUUGGCAUUUGAAAUUUGAGUAUUGUUGUAAUGUUUUUUCUUGUUUUAUGAGUUCUUUUUGUUUUUAUGUAUUGAGUUGUUUCUCCUAUUCAAACCUGUUGAGAAUUGUUUUCUUGAGCCGAGAGUGUUUCAAAAACAGCCUCUCUAUCUCCACAAGAUAGGGAUAAGGUCUGCAUAUACUUUACCCUCCCAAGACUCCACAAUGUCAGAUUACACUGGGUAUAUUGUUGUUGUUUAUGGAUUGAGUUGUAAUAUGAUUCUUACUGAAACUAUUUUUCAGAUUAAUGAAGCAAAGGGAAAUGUUAU